AUGGGUGCUUCUGCAGCCAGGAGCUCUGACCCUGAGGACCUUUAUCAAGAUGAUGUUUUUCCAUGGUUCCACUUGAUCCAGUGGAGCGCAGAAAGCGCAACCUCCAACCGCGUCUUCCGCUACGACAUAGCAGGGGCGCAGCAAGCCGCACGGGCUCUAACACGAGACGCCGGCACCUUUCUUCAAGUUUGUCCCAACGAGCUGCCCCAGGACUCCGGUUUCAGCAUGGAUGACGACACAAACUUUGCUGAGUGGGCUGGGGCGCUGCUCGAGUGGAACUCUGAGCUGAGGUUUGUACGCUUCCGGCUGGUGCCACGCCGGCUGACAGAAGAAGCUUUUUGGAGCCGGUAUUUUGCCGCCCUGCGCAAGUCCAUUCAGGAUCUCCUGUUUCAGGAAACCUCUUCGGACGAAGAACCCGACGCCCCAGACGAGGCUCCUGGGCAUGCACAGGUCCUUCCAGAGGUGGGCAACACCUGA